AUGGAUCGUUCUACACACCCGCAAGGGUCGGGUCGCCCUUUACAAUCGUCCGUUCCCGGACCUGGCUGUCGACGCGACUCUAUGAGAAGCAGCUACAGCAUUGUGUCAGAUGUAGAGAUGGCUCGUAACGAGGUAUUCGACGGUCCUAUUUCUGAGAGCAUUCCGUCCAGCAUCGCGUCCUUCUCUUACCGCCGGAACCAUAACAACUCCACUGCUAGCUUCACCUAUUUCCAAGAAGAUGCUUCUUUUGCCGAAUGGCCAAAUGAAGAUGCGCUAGAUAUCGGAAGUGAUAAUGAUGAAGAUUUUCGAAAUGGCACUCACCCAGGAAGUAUGUCUGUUCGAUCAUCAUUUGCUUCGAAAAGAACAUCUACUUCAAGGCCAUCCAUCGAAGACCCUCUUCUGCCGCAGCGGCCCUCAUCGGUCAACUCCUAUAGUAGUGGUCGAAAAGCAGAGAACAGGCUUAAUCAGAAAGUCUACAUCGAGUCAGAGGACCUUACAGUUGUUAUUGCUGGGUUUUCAACAGCGAUGACUGGCCUAGUAUUAUACUAUGCACUGUGUGUGUUGACAGUUGGAUUGGCCUACUUAUUGUUUAGGUGGUUCCCUAGAUGGCGCGUUCGGGUUGUAGGAAGACCCGUGCCGCUCCAAUCCUGCCAAUGGGUGGCAGUAGAAGACCAAUGGAAUCAAUUCAAUGUGUACAAGGUUAACUGUCAAGCGUACGGACGCCCGCUUUCUACUAUUUUCGCAGAUUCUGGUUGUCAAUUAUACGAUGAAGAGAACGACCCUACGGUUUCAUUUUUGCGUUCCAUUGAUUAUAAGUAUUUGCGUUUCUUUUACCAUCAAAUUGAGGACAGGUUUUGCUUAAUCAGUGGCUGGAAAGACCCUCUAUGGACGAACGCGAAAAUGAUGCGAAUGGGACUAGACGCCGAUGACCGUGAUAGCCGAGAGCAGGUCUUUGGCAAAAACCUCAUUGAUAUCCACCAGAAGUCAGCAUUUGAACUCCUUUUAGAUGAGGCCUUUCAUCCGUUUUAUAUCUUCCAAGUCGCAAGUCUUGUGCUAUGGUCACUAGACCAAUACUACUAUUAUGCUGUCUGCAUAUUUACAAUAUCAUUUUUCAGCAUAGGGGCCACUGUUUUUGAAACGAAAACGACCAUGAGUCGCCUAAGGAACAUCUCCCUCUUUGAAUGUGACAUACGGGUGCUUAGAAACGGUUUUUGGAGAUCUGUGCCCUCUCGUGAACUUGUGCCCGGAGACGUCUUUGAGUUUUCUGACCCAUCUCUAAACCAGGUUCCCUGCGAUUGCAUCUUACUAUCGGGGGACUGUAUUGUAAAUGAGAGCAUGCUUACAGGGGAAUCUGUUCCUAUAUCCAAAACUCCAUUGACUGACGAUGCACUCAAAUAUCUUGAUUUGAAUGCGUCAUCCGUCCACCCUAAUGUUGCAAAACACUUCCUUUUCAGCGGGACGCGGGUGAUACGAGCAAGGCGCCCUCAGAAUGUCGAUGAUGACGAAGCGAUUGCUCUCGCGAUUGUUGUGAGAACAGGGUUCCUUACUACAAAAGGUGCCCUGGUUCGCUCGAUGCUCUUUCCCAAACCCUCUGGGUUUAAGUUCUACCGCGACUCCUUCCGCUAUAUCUCUGUAAUGGGUGUGGUUGCUCUCCUGGGUUUCGUGGCCUCGUUUGUCAACUUCGUUCGACUAGGUCUUUCCUGGCAUUUGAUCAUUGUCAGGGCGCUUGAUUUGAUUACGAUUGUUGUCCCCCCUGCUUUACCGGCUACAUUAACAAUCGGCAUUAAUUUUGCCCUAUCGCGGUUAAAGAACCACAAGAUUUUCUGCAUCAGCCCUCAAAGAGUCAAUGUAGGGGGCAAGUUGGAUGUUAUAUGUUUUGAUAAAACUGGGACCCUGACAGAAGAUGGCCUGGACGUUCUUGGAGUGCGAACAGUUAAUCACGAAAUGAGGUUGGUAGGCUUAUUAACCGAUCUUCUGUCUGAUUUGCCUUCCUUACCAUCGAGUGUCGAAGUGGAAAAUCUCGACAAACGCACUAAAAUUGCUUACAUCAUGGCAACAUGUCACUCCUUAAGAACCAUUGAUGACGAGCUUCUGGGGGACCCUUUGGACGUAAAAAUGUUUCAGUUUACGGGAUGGUCCUACCAGGAAGGCGGUGGUCAUGUUUCCGAGCAGCCAGGCUCUAAUGUUGAGCCUGUGAUUCAGUCUAUCGCGAAGCCACCGAUCUCUGCGACCCAGUCCCGGGAUGUUCGAGGGACUCAUGCAAGCACACCAAUAGAACUCGGCGUUCUGCGUAACUUUGAGUUCGUCUCGGAGCUUCGUCGUUCGAGUGUGGUUGUAAGGCAGUUUGGAGACAGCGGUGCCAGCGUUUUCGUCAAGGGUGCGCCAGAGAGUGUGAAGGCUAUAUGCCGCCCGGAAACAUUGCCCCAUGACUUCGAAGAUUUGCUAAAUCAAUACACUCACCAGGGCUACCGGGUCAUAGCCUGCGCAGCUAAAUAUGAACCAAGGCUUAGGUGGAUGAAAGUCCAGAAAAUGACCCGUACGGAGGCAGAAAGCAAUUUGGAGUUCAUUGGACUAAUCAUAUUUGAAAACAAAUUGAAGCCGAGGACUUUUGAAACAAUCAAGGAACUGAGCCAAGCUGGAAUACGGAACAUUAUGUGUACGGGUGAUAACAUCCUUACAGCGGUCAGCGUUGCUCGUGAAUGUGGUUUAAUAAGCACGAACAAGCCAUGUUUUGUCCCACAUUUCGUGGAAGGCUACCCGCAUGAUUCUAAAACCUCUCUACACUGGGAGAGUGUCGAUAACCCUUGCUUGAAACUUGAUUCAGACACGCUAUUGCCCGCUUUAAACUCUACAGAGAUCGACUUAUCCGUACCCAGCAACGCCUGCAACCUUCAUGACUACUCACUUGCGGUUAGUGGAGAUGUCUUCCGCUGGAUUGUAGAUUAUGGUGACGAGAUCGUCCUCAAGCGGAUGCUUGUACUUGGUGGUGUUUUCGCCAGAAUGUCUCCGGAUGAGAAACAUGAGCUUGUUGAAAAGCUUCAGUCUCUUGACUAUUGUUGCGGGUUCUGUGGCGACGGAGCCAAUGACUGUGGUGCAUUGAAGGCCGCUGAUGUUGGAAUCUCCUUAUCCGAUGCAGAAGCUUCUGUUGCUGCUCCAUUCACAAGCCGGCAGUUCGAUGUUUCGUGUGUUCCAACAGUCAUCAGGGAGGGGCGAGCGGCAUUGGUCACCAGCUUUUGUUGUUUUAAAUACAUGAGUCUAUACUCGGCGAUUCAAUUUUCGUCUGUCAGUUUUCUAUACACCUCAGGAUCAAACCUCGGUGAUUUCCAAUUCUUGUUCAUCGAUUUGGCCCUCAUCCUUCCGAUAGCAAUAUUCAUGGGCUGGACCGGCCCUUAUCCUGUGCUUUCUCGGAAAAGGCCAACCGCUGAUCUAGUGUCGCGGAAGGUUUUAACACCUCUGCUGGGGCAAAUCGUGAUUUGCGUCCUAACACAGCUUAUAGCCUACAAGACUGUCCAGUCGCAGCCAUGGUUCAAACCACCCCUAAUAGAUCUGGAAAACAGUAACAUCGAGAAUUCAGAGAACACCGCGCUGUUCCUGGUUUCCACGUUUCAAUACACGCUGACAAGUGUUGUGCUCAGCGUCGGGCCGCCGUUUCGAAUGCCAAUGAAAUCCAAUAUGCCCUUUGUGUCUGUGAUAGCUAUCGACUUGCUUGUGUCAUGCUAUAUGCUGUUCAAGCCAUCUGAGUGGGUAACAAAAAUAAUGCAGCUGACCUUUGUGUCCAAAGAAUUUGCACUCUGGCUGUUUGCGCUUGCUGUUGGUACAUUUUUCGUCUCCUGGUUAGCGGAAUGCAUGCUCUUCCCCAGACUUGCCCGAGCUCUCAAGCGCAUGUACGCAUCUUUGCGACCGCACCACCAAAAGCAACGCCGCGAGUAUAAAGUACUGCUGGAAGAAAUGCGAGGAUGA